CAUUCCAUGGGUUUCCCCUUAUGCUACUCAGAGCUCCUCCUCCCCAAACCCAUCAUCCAAAUCCUCGUCUUCGUCCGCUUCCUCCAACGCCUGAUCUCAUCGUCCUUCACAGCCAUAGGCCUAGGCGACAUCCUCGACUCCGACGCUCCCUUGCCCGACCCGCCCGCCCUUCCCGAUCAUCAAAGCCCUUCAGAUUUCAGCUCGAUCUCCGCUGCUCUGAUCCAGGAGAUCCUCCCUUCGAUUCGCUUUGAGGAUCUUUUCCUCGGGGAAGGGGAGAUCGAUCACCGGCCGAUCGCUGACGGAUGCGCAGUUUGCCUCUACGGAUUCGACGCAUCGGAGGAGGUCCGGCUUCUAAGUAAUUGCCGCCAUGUUUUUCAUCGAUGCUGCCUUGAUCGCUGGAUUGAGCUAGAUCAGCAAACUUGCCCUCUGUGCCGGAAGCCGCUUGUCCCCGACGAGAUGCUGGAAGCUUUCGAUCGCCGGAUUUGGGCUGAUGCAGGGUUUUCUGAUUCGGACUUUGCUGAUGAUUACUUCCCAUUUGCUUCUCGAUCUCCCUUCUCGCUUUCCGCUUCGCAGUCGGCCCUUCUCCCGAUCUCGACUUAGGGAUAUCUGACAGCUGAUUUCAGUUGAUGUAGACUGAUCACAGGGAGCGGUUACUAUCGUAAGCGAAGGGAAUCAAAUUAUGCAAUUGCGGACACGAUCAUUUUUCUCCAUUAUAUUUGUAUUUUUACAUAAUCUCUUUCUCUCUCCCUCUAUAUAUAAUAGAUUUUUGGGA